GGAGCUCUGGCUCUGUCACCCUGAGUACAGCAGCGGAAUGUAUUACAUCGACCCCAACCAGGGGAGCCCAGCCGACACUCUGCUGGCCUAUUGCAGCUUCUCCUCCGCAUCAAAACAGACCUGCAUUCAUCCUCGAGACUCUCAGCUGCCCAUGAAAGCCUGGAUGGAAGGCUUUUCUGAAGAAGGAUCUUUUCAGUGGCUCAGCAGGUUGGAACAGGGGUUUCAGUUUUACUAUCCAGGUGCUAACGUGGUCCAGAUGCGUUUUCUGAGAUUGCAUAGUACCACCGCCACCCAGAAGGUGACCUACUCCUGCCACCCAGGACACAGACUGGGUCAGACAGACAGAGACAUCAAAUUCCUCACUGAUACAAGGAAGCAAAGUUACCUCGGAGCUCUUAAAGAUUGUGUGCCUGGAGAGGAGACCAUUUCUGGACCUCGGGAGUCUGUGUUUGAGUUUGAAGACCUCCAGCUGCUUCCUCUGAGAGACGUAGCACUGAUGGGAGGUGGAAACUUCACACACCAGUUUGGCUUCACUGUCGGACCCGUGUGUUUCAGCUAGGAAAUGCUAGAAAGCUGUGCCGUCCCAGAAGCCUCACAGGCCCAGGAUACAAACCUCUCUUCAAAUCAUGGACGUCAAGAGGACAACUUGAACAUCUCUCCCAAUUUCUAAAGAUGUCACUUCCCUUUCCUCUUGUUUUGGGGGAUUUGAUCUCUCAAGCUGAGUGACCGUUUUAAUGAAUUUAUGAGGACAGAAGUGUCCCCAGGCUUUUUUCACGGAGAAGUCAAUUUUGUUUACAGAGACGUUUAUCUUGUAUUGAAUAAUUUAAAAAUAUAUGUUUUUUUAUCCUUUAUAACUCUGUUUGAUUUUUGUUUUGUAUUGUGGGCUUCUGUCAUAGCCUGGCCGUUGGGUAUAUAAAAGUCGGACUGUCCUAACUGAACAAUUAACAAUGUGUUCUGCAUGGGGACACAGCUAAUGUUGUCCCAUUGGCUGUGUGUGACCAGGCCAGUAAACUCUCUCACUGUAAGUCCACUACUUUUGUACUGUAAGUCAACUCAGAUGUGUCACUUUUCUCAUGGUGCCGAUCACAUUUUAUUUGUAAGACCAGCAUUUAUCUAAUCCCAAAAACAAUAGAGGGGGGCAGUCAUCCUGUUUUAUGCAUACUUGAUGCUGUCUUUUGCCAACAGCAAGAUCAAACAAAACAUUGUUUAUUAUUUUUGCAGUUUCAUAUAAUCUAUGUUGGGUUUUUUCUUACGUCUCAGGUAUGAUACAUUAAUGAUGUACACAUGGGCGCUGAAGCAGCUGUUGUCACAGUAUGCUGAUCAGUUCUGGAGUAUCGCAUUCAAACUUAAAGAAAUGUUAGAAAUGAAAGACCAAAACCAACACUGAAAAAGUUUAGUCUGUGUAGCCAAAGCCUGAUAUAUUGUAUUCCUCUGUGCCAUAGAGCUCCAUCUCAAAGCCACCUAGGUGAACUCAUUAUCAUGAACACAAAUGGUGUAGUUUAUUUUGACCUACAUAAACCGGAAAUGCUGCCGGAAAAACUCUAAACGUAUUAAUCUGCAUCUGAAAAUAGUCCACAACAAAUGCUUUAUUUACUCCUGUUUGAGGAAUGUUUGCUAAAAACGACAGUGGCCAGCUGUUUUGGGAAAUUACUGAGCCUUUAAAAAAAAAAAGUUAUGUAUUAUGAGCUGUUUUUAAAGAUUUACAUUUUCAGAAGGAAGUGAUGGGAUUGGGAAUGAGUGCCACAGACAGUUAUAGAAACGGGAAAGUGUUAAGAGUCG